CCGCCCGGUGUCUGUGUGACUAUAUAUUGAGGGAGGCAGGGUAAAAUUUGGGGUUUGCCUUUAUGUAAUGUAAUUAGUUUUGUUAUUGCAGUAUUUUUUUUGAGACUAUAAAAGAAUUACGAAUUACAGAAAAAACCCGCCUCAGAUUCGGUGUUGUUGCACGAGGAGCCAUGUCUUGUUCUAAAGGAAAUUCUUCCAAACUUACUAGAAACGCUUUAAUUAUGGUUAUUUUGGGUAAAUUCACGACGGCCAUAUCGGGACGGGGACCAGGCUCAAGCACUAUGUGCGCGAUUUUACACGAAUUGUAUGAUGAGUGCAGAAAUAGUACUUAUAAUGACUACUGUGAUGUAUGCUUUGAAGGCUAUGAAGAAUGCCGUGAUUUUAAGAGGGACCCAAAACAUCAACCCUUGGCUGAAUUACGGAAGGAGUGGGAAAAAUCUUUCAAUGAUCAAGGUUUUGCCGAUACGUUCGAUUACAUGAAGUAUUUACAUGAGCAAGACCCUGAGAUGUGCAGGAUAAUUUAUAAGUCAUACAAAGAGUGCAUUAGCAAAGGUUAUGAUAAUUGUGAGAGAUACCGCGAGUACAAGUGUCCCCAAUUCAAAUAGCCUUUUAACUGUGGUAGUGUUGUUCACUACAUGAAUGUUAGCAGAAGAUUGAAAUCUAUAAAUUAUGCCAUUGCUUAGAGAUAUUGUAAGCAAUUAUCUAGUUAGAACAAUGCUUCAUCUUCAGUUACUUUUUUUGUAAAAAAUUUGGUUGAACGUAUUUUUAAAUGUUUAGUCUUGUACUUCGCUGUUUAACUUACAAAUUUACAAUAGUUAGAAUUAGGGCGUUUACAUUGAUAGUGGUAUUUGAGCAAACAGGUUAUUUUACCACUCUCAAAAAGCCGAAAAGCAUGCUCUAUUAAGUGAUGGAUGUAUGAUAUCAGAU